AUGAGUAUUCUCAAGGCUUCCAUCGGUAACGUAAAGUUACUGCCGUCAUGGAAAGGUGUGCAGCAGACACUGGAGGAGCGCCUGGGGAGUCUAGCAUUGAAUGCUUCAAAUCUGUUCCCCCUCUGGCUGGUACUGGGAGCCACAGCAGCAGUGGUGCACCCCCCGAGCCUGACAUGGUUCAAGAAGGAGUACACCACCCAGUGCUUGGCCCUCACCAUGAUGGCCAUGGGCACCACACUCACAAUCGAGGAUUUUGCGCAAGUGAUGCGGCGGCCGUGGCUUGUGGCGCUUGGUGCGACGCUGCAGUACACGAUCAUGCCACUCAUGGGCUUCACAGUCUCACGCCUGCUCAAGCUGCCGGUGCCCUAUGCUGUUGGAAUCUGCCUGGUGGCCUCGUGCCCGGGAGGGGUGGCGAGCAACGUGGUGACAUUUCUGGCGCGCGCAGACGUCCCUCUCAGCGUUGCCAUGACUACUGUGUCCACGCUGUCCGCCAUCGUGGCGACCCCCGCGCUGACUCAGCUGCUGGUUGGCCACCUGGUCCCAGUCAAUGCUGGCAGCCUGCUCGUGUCCACCCUGCAGGUGGUCUUGAUUCCCAUCGGAUUGGGAGCAUUCCUGAACUGGUCGCUGCCGAAGCUGAUGGCGCGCCUCUCCCCCUUUGCGCCGCUGCUGGCAUCAGCGAUGACUGUUCUGGUGUCCGCCAGUAUUGUCGCUCAGAACGCUGCCGCUGUGCGCGUGGCCGGGCCGCGCCUGAUCCUUGCCGUGGCAUCCCUGCACACCGGUGGAUUUGCGCUGGGCUAUGGCGUGUCAAAGCUGCUGGGAGUGAAGGAACGGCAGGCGCGCACAAACAGCAUCGAAGUGGGAAUGCAGAACAGCGCGCUCGGGGCAGUGCUGGCAACGCUGCAUUUUGCAGAUCCGCUCACCGCGGUGCCCUGCGCGAUCUCUGCCACCAUGCACUCCCUGCUCGGCUCCACCUUGGCUGGCUUCUGGCGCCUAAUAGACCCCGAGCAGCCCAGUGUUGACAGGAAGCUGGCUGCGCAGCAGUGGAUCCAGGCCUGGCGCGAUGCGCACACUUAA